AUGUUUAGAGAUGUUGAUUAUGUCCGUGGUCAGUUAUACAACAAUCCCGAGACAGGUCUUCCCACACCUUUACGGGACAACCGCUCUAGAUUGUUUACUUACCGGACGGCUGAUGGAUAUAAAAAAACUGGAUGCCAUAACUUACUAUGUCCAGGCUUUGUCCAAACUAGCAAAAAGAUUGUACUUGGAAGUACACUUGCUCCAACUUCUACAUAUAACAGAGGACAAUAUGAAAUUACCAUAUCGAUCUGGAAGGAAGUUUUCUAUAAAAUUUGGGAUCGAAACAAUGGGAACUGGUGGUUUGGAUAUGGAUCUGAAGUAGUUGGGUAUUGGCCAUCUUCCUUGUUCACAAAGUUGAAGGAUAAUGCACAUGAAAUUGAGUUUGGUGGAGAAAUAGUGAAUUCAAAAUCAAAAGGGUCUCAUACUUCCACCCAAAUGGGUAGUGGACAUUUUGCUGAGGAGAAUUAUGGAAAAGCUGCAUAUUUUAAGAAUUUGCAAGUUGUGAAAUCUGAUAACUCCUUCCAUCCAUUGUCAGAAGAUCCCAAGUAUAUAGCAAAUAAACCAAAUUGUUAUAAUAUAAAAGGAGGGAGUAGUAAAGACUGGGGAAAAUACUUUUUCUAUAGUGGACCUGGCAGGAAUGAGAAUUGUCCUUGA